AAAAUCAUCCAAUUCAUCCAAUUUCAAAUUUUUUGCCAAUAAACUAGAAUUUUGUUAAAUCGCCGAAAAAUAAGAUAAUUGUGAAUUACGAAAAUGAGUGUCUUAUUCAACAACAACAAUCUACGUUUUAUAGAUCACAGAGAUUUCUUGGCGAAUAUUUAUAAAAACGUCAACAGUGAGCUAGCCGAAAACCAAAACUUAACUUUCAACAAAAAGUUAUUUUGUAUUAAAAGUACUACCAAUAAUUUAAUAAUAAAUAAGAAGAGAUCACGAGAAAGCGAUCAGAUAUUGGAAGAAGUAACUAAAGUAAAACAAAUGUACAAUGAACUCAUAGCAAAAUUACCAUCAGAAGUAAAAGUAGGUGUAAGCCAAAAGUAUGAUUUAUUAGAAACCUCACUGGUUAGAGAAUUAGCGCAGAAGCACUUUGAAUCAACAAUAUUUCAUCAUCAUGGAUUGAGUGGAGGCAAUAAUUCGGACACUCCUCUGAAAUGUAAGAUUAAAGAUGACUGCUUUUUGAUACCACAAAAUUCCAGAUUCUUCUGUGGUUGUGUGAAAGAGCAAUGUGCAAAAUUAAAUGGCAAUAAGUUUGAUAUAAUGAUAGCUGACCCUCCCUGGUGGAAUAAAUAUAUCCGAAGGUUAAAAGGAGCUAAUAAUAAAUUGAGUUACUCUAUGAUGUAUAAUGAAGAGAUAGCAUCAAUACCUGUACAAGAUCUCCUCUCAGAAAACUGCCUUAUUGCUGUAUGGUGUACAAACGCACUAAGCAACAUAAAUGCAAUCAAAAACCUCAUAUUCCCUAAAUGGGGUGUGGAGUAUGUCACAACUUGGUAUUGGUUGAAGUUAACAAUAGAUUUGAAACCACUCUGUGAGUUUGGUAGUGGGUGUAAGAAGCAGCCAUAUGAAAGGAUUGUUAUAGGAAAAGUUGGCAAUGUGUGCGUGCCCAGUGACCUCUUGGUGGCUAGCGUACCAAGUGCAUUGCAUUCACAUAAACCUCCAUUACUAGAUCUCCUAACACCAUGCAUUGAUGAAGAAAACCCACAGAUCCUAGAGUUGUUCGCACGCUACCUCCUUCCCAAUACGACCAGUGUGGGCUACGAGCCUUUGAAAUGGCAACAUUUAUCCCUGUACGAAGAAGCUGUUGAUGUUACAUAAGUA